CAGAGUAUGAUACAUCAGUGUCGGAUUUUUCUUCAAUGCGUUUUCAUCGGGCAAUAAAAAGACGAUAAAAUCUAUUUUUGUGUAUGAUGGAAGCCACUGUUGCGUUUGAGGUCGACUGUAAUUUCGGUCACGAGAUGAAUUCGCAACAUGCCAUAUGUACGACACGUGCGACACGAAAUGCCGGCUAUCGCGCGUUGCUCCGUAUCAUUGCUUUAUCUCAGUGCGCUCUAUUUGGCAUACGGCGGUGUGAGCGAACCUUUGCGGAAAAUGCCCGAGAUCGAGGCCAAUAUCACCAGCAAUGACGCCACGGAAACGCAUCAGGCGAGCUGCAAGAUUGUCACAGAGGAGAUGGUCGCGGACGCGCAUGCCACCUUUACAAGGGUGCUCAUCGGAGCUUGUAAAGCGAAAACAAUGGAGGAAAGGUUCGCGAGUCUGGAGGAGAAGUUGAUCAAGGAAUUUGCGGAAAUCAAGUGGUUGCUUUACAGCAUCUUGGAGCAACAUCCGAAUCAUCUGACAAACGUACGGAAUGCUGUCUUUUACGAUAGGACUCCCGACAAUAACCCGUCUCCGAGGCAAGAUGAGAUAGACAAAUUCAACAACACUCUACAAAACUUGCCGACGACGAGCGGUGCGACGAGCGCGUUUGUCUAUUACUGGCGAGUAGAGAACUUCGACGAGAUGCUGAUGAGCUGGCCGACCGGCCGCUCGGUACGCAGCCCUACUUUCCACGCGGGUCCAAGCGGCUACAACUUGUACCUGAAAGUUACGCCCAAGUAUUUCCCCGACGGUACGAUUUUCAUCGGCGUUGGAUUGACGCGCGGCCCUUACGAUUCCGUUCUUGCGUGGCCGUUCCCAUUUGGGAUCCGUCUCGAGGUUUUAGAUCACUCGCCGAAAAGUGUGCGCGAGGACCGACGGUCUCGCAUUUGGGAUCCGGCUACGCUGUGCACGGAACAUUUCUGGGGUCAGCCUGCGUCAAAGGGGAAGCCGGACAAUCCGGAGUGCGUCGGAUUGAGUAUUCCCAGGCGUGUCGUUCUGUCAAAACUGUCGUCUUCGAUGUCUCAGCAAUACUCGAAGUACACGUGGAAUGGAAAAAUGCUGAUAAAACUUACCGUUUAUCUAUAAGCCAUAUGAGAUGUGUAUACGUGCAGUCACGUCGGAUAGAAGUGUUUGUUACGUGUAAUUAUAUAUGUUAUACAUAUUGCUCGCUACAUUAUACAUUGCCAUAAAAGAAAGUAUACACGUCGUAAAAUAUUUCUUUUUUACUGCCUGUUGCACUAUACAUGGAAUGAAAAGAAAAAGAAUGCUGAGAGAGAGGUGUAACGAAUAGAAUAACUGUAUAUUGAAUAGUAAUUAACUAUAGACAACAGAUUUUAUAGAAUUUAUUGGAUACAAACCAGAUGUAAUUUAACAGUCGUUUGAAAAAUAUACGGUUCGAAGUCGUUAACAGCAAAUCAAUCAUGACCUUAUCGGAGGGGGGAGGAUGAGGC